UUCCGGGAUGGUGUGCACGAGGUCCCAGCGAGCUCAGACUACAUGUACAGUUCCUCACCUUACUAUCUGUCAUUUACUUGCUCAAGUUUAUUGACAAUUACUAAGUGCUGCCUUCUUGUUGUCACCUUACAAAGACAGCUUGUGAAGGUUUUUCAUGUCAACUUCUGAUGUAAGUGGCGCUGCGUGCAGUCAGGUGACACUAGGAACAUAGACUACAAGCACUCAAGUGAUAGUGAAAGAAAAUGAGUCACAGAGGAAUAUUUUCGCGCCGUACACAGGUGUCAUAAAGGUUAAAGCCGCAGUUCUGUGACUCGCGAGUCACGUGACGUCAACAUUGACACAGCUCGACUUGUGACACGACUUCCGUGUAGAGGCCAGCGGAGUAUUGAAGCCGCCAUGAACAUCACCAGCUGUAAGUCAAGUUUUCGAAAUGAGCCAUAGAAAAUAUGAGAGACGUCCUGUGCAGUGACGACUUACAGCAAACCCUUGCUGUCGAGAUGCUGGUGACAUGUAUGGCAGCCCACAGAUGUCAUGGCUCCUGGCUCACACUUCUUGUUGUCAUCUACGGUACCUAUAAAACACUAGGGACAAAAAUAAUCAACUGCAACAACAACAAGGUAGAAAUAUUUGAAGACUCACCUGCUCCAGUCACGUGUGGAGACAUCAGCAGUACAGGCGAUGUUGAAUGGCGACGAGGAGAUGGAGUCAGCAUCGGAGAGUGUAAAGCUGACGGUAGCUGCUUCACUGCCUUAUACAACGACUACAGACUCAGCAGGUCAGCGCAGUCCACGGAGAGUCAGCUGACCCUUGUCCCUGAUUACCGACGUCACGCGGGUGUCACGGUCACGUGUCACGACAGAAUGGGUGCCUCCACAGCCUCCUGUACUCUCGUCAUCAAACGUCACUCUGAGCUCAGUGAGUGUCACGUGACCACCAACCCUGUGGACUGGACUGUGUCAGGUUCAUGUCGUGUACAACAAGCUUUCUCCUCUGAUAACAUCUACACCUGUACAUGGACUAGGAACACAGGGCAGCAGACAUUUGGAGGGUUCGAUGCCAGUCGUGAGCUGUGUUCGUUCACACAAGCUCUGCCACAAGCCGGGGGACUGUACACCUACAGCAUUUCUGUGUCUCCUCCUGCUACUACAGCCUUUUCUCAGCAACUGACACUAGUGGAACCAGGUGACGUAACAACCACGUGCCCACAACUUGUGAUCAGUGGGCAAAACUUGUCCUGUACAUGUCAGACGACAAACACCGCCAGUCCUCCAGCCACAGUGAGAUGGGAGGGACGAGACAGUGAGAAGCUGGUGAAGACUAACGUACAGCGGGAGGACAACGGCACACAGUUCACGUGUCACGUGACAUGGGCUGGGCGUGUCUACACCUCCAUCACCUACACUCUGAUAGUUGCAGUUGAACCAGGCAGCGUAACAACCACGUGUCCACAACUUCUGAUCAGUGGGCAAAACCUGUCCUGUACAUGUCAGACGACAAACACCGCCAGUCCUCCAGCCACAGUGAGAUGGGAGGGACGAGACAGUGAGAAGCUGGUGAAGACUAACGUACAGCGGGAGGACAACGGCACACAGUUCACGUGUCACGUGACAUGGACUGGGCGUGUCUACACCUCCAUCAACUACACUCUGCUGGUUCAUGUGGAACCAGGCAACAUAACAACAUCAUGUCCAGAUCUUGUGAUCAGUGGGCAAGACCUGUCCUGUACAUGUCAGACGACAAACACCGCCAGUCCUCCAGCCACAGUGAGAUGGGAGGGACGAGACAGUGAGAAGCUGGUGAAGACUAACGUACAGCGGGAGGACAACGGCACACAGUUCACGUGUCACGUGACAUGGGCUGGGCGUGUCUACACCUCCAUCAACUACAGUCUGCUGGUUAUAUCUGUGGAAGGCCCCAGUGAUGUCGUCAUUAGCCUAACAGAUGCAGGUAGUAACGGUUCCAGCGUCAUCACUUUAUCGUGUAACACAACAGGUGUCGUCUACCCAAGUGUAAACUUUACCUGGAGUACAGGUGUUUGUCACAAUGAAACUCACGCCGCUAGGAGCAGCACGUGCACCGCUAGUCUGCACGCCGAGGAUGACGGGAAAAGUGUGACGUGCACGGCUAUAAAUAGUAACGACAGCAGGAUAUCCGUCUCCACAUCAGUGACACUGCGAAUAGAUGGGGCCGGAAACAUCUUCAUCUUGACAUCCGACUCCCACUCAACAACAUCGGCUGUCCUCGGACCAGUCGUCGGGGCUGCUGUCGCUGUUGUUGUAGCUGCUGUCAUCGCCAUUUUGUUCGUUGUUCUAAUCAAGAAAAGAAGACGCAAAAUAAAGAAAGCGCCGGAGAAAACGAUUAGGAGCCCUCCGUGUCAGGAUUCUGAAUUCGAGGACCACAUCAACGUGGUGUACGAGAGUUCAGACACCGCUGGACCAAAGAGCAGUUCCACUACCAGUCACUGGAAUAAACAAGUAUGUACUAGGAAGUAUGAAGAUAUUCCGAGUGAAGGAUAUUACUCCCAGAUACGACAAAUGGCGACUGGCAAGACCUUUGCUGAGUCUGACCGAUGUCUGACAAUGAACUUGUACAGCAACUGAGACAGUGAUGGGGGAAACAAAACAGUUGCUGUCACUGGAUGUCAGUCAUCACUGGAUGUCCAUUACGGAAUUAGUAUCCAUGUUCAACGGUUGAUGUCAGCACGCCACCUAUAAUUCUCCACGGUCAUGAGUGGAAAAGAAGUGAACAUUGUGUAAUCUUUAUAAAUAUAAAACAGAUUUAUUUGCCAAGUGACUUUGCACUACUUUCUCUACAAUCACCCACAUGUAGUCGCUAGUAUAAACACAUGCAAUGUAUACAAACAUGUCAGCAAAAUUCCUCUCCCUUAUAUUGCUCUUUCUCUAACUCUUUCAUUUUCUUUCUGCACUUUUUUUUCUCUCACUCUCUCUCUCAAACACACAAACACACUCUAUACACCAUCGUCACAUUCAAACUCCGCUAAACUACAUUCACACAGAUACUCAAAGACCAAUGCGGGCUCGCACAUACCAAUGCACGGACACACACUCAUACACAUGUCUCGUGUUGCUAGCAGUUCAUACAGAAGUAAAGAGAAAAUUUGGAAAUAGUGACUUUUAAUAAUGUUAUAUAUGUUGACAUGACAGGAAAGUUCUUGAAUUAUCAGCACUGAUUUAAAAAGACGAAAUAUUGAAGUCUGUGUAAACCACAAGCUGCUCUUAAGGUCCAUGAUGGCUGACUUGGAACAUGACUAAUAUCAUCUGUUAUCAUCGAAUUGUCAGGUAGACGAAAAGAAGAAUGUUGCCUGCACAGCCAUGUACACAAUUAGCACUCUAGUUGGUUUUAGUUUUGUUCUGCUAAAGAUCAGUUUUGCUAUAAACCUUUGAAGGCGCAGGUUUCAUUAAGUUCACUUAUAUUGCUAUUAAACUAAUGAUAAGCACUCAGAUUGUGUAGACCUAUCAACUUAGCCCAUCUACGGAUGGUAGAAAAACAAUUUCAAGUACCACGUGGCUUUUGAGGCCCUAAGAUACAAGAAACGGGUAAACAACGAGAUCGAACUAUUUUUGUACUCCUUGAUCUGUUAGUGUGACUAUAAAUAUUACCACCCUGAUAAUAAUUAUUCACCAUGGCCAUCAUUUCCACUUUCUCGUCCAUUCUAAGGGGUCUCUGCUGUCUUACUAAGGUGUGAUAACUGCUAUAAAUGAGUCAAGUGGCUGUGAAACUUUUAUCAUAAGCUGUUAUACAACAACUCAGCUGGUGCUUACCGUGGUGUACGCCUGACCCCGAGGUCAUCUCUACCUCCGUGGUAGACAAGAAUUCCGUACAAACAUAAUUUUUUAUGAAAAUCACAACACCUCAGGUAAAUGUCUGCGGAAAUAGCAAUGUUAAUAAACACAAAGGGGACAUCAGGCAGUUUAUUGAAGACCGCGGCAGUAGUGUUCUUAGUUUAUCGGCACAAAGACAAAAGAAGGAUGAGUGUCUACAGACUUUCACAAACUACAAGUUAUACUUUGUGCAAUGAUAACCACUGGAAACACGUCCAAUGAUUGAAUAAAGCAAAACUUUGUGUUAUCAUA